GCCUGCCUUCCGGGAAAGUCAGGUUCUCCAAGCAAUUGAAGAGUGUGCAGCUGCUGGUAACGAUGACUUGUUGUGAAUUCUACUUCCACGAUGCGAUUGUUUUCUUUUGGGUCGCUUUGUUGGUGCAUGGGCGUCGGAAUCUGUUUUGAGUAUAUGACCAGUGCUUUUGAGAAGCUUUCCGAUAUGUAUACUGCGGUCUGUUAUAUAAGGAGCGAGCGAUUCUGUUGGAUCCUCCCCGGAGUCAUUGGAGAUUCAGGAAUGAGCCAUUAUACCUAUCGCUGCCAACCAUUUGAAUAUGAAUCGAUUUAUCUGUUAUGAAAUGUUUGCCCCGACUAUACGCUGACUAUCCUUUCUGGCUGAUUGGUUUUCUGGCAGUUUGCUCGCUCACAACUAUGUGGUGUCACAUCUAGGCAUU